CUCCUCUCUCUCCUCUCUCUCCUCUCUCUCCUCUCGUGUGAUCUAGUGAAUGGUCUGGUGUCGUUGAUGAACAGUAACAUCAGCAGCCCAGUCAACCUGGGGAACCCAGAAGAACACACCAUAUUGGAGUUUGCUGAGCUCAUCAGGAGUCUGGUGGUGAGCCGCAGACAGAUCCAGUUCCUUCCAGAGGGGCAGGACGACCCUCAGAGGCGAUGGCCCGACAUCCGCAAAGCCAAGAUGAUGCUAGGCUGGGAACCUGUGGUACCGUUGGAGGAAGGCCUGAACAAGACCAUCCAGUACUUCAGCCGGGAGCUGGAGCACCAGGCUAACAACCAGUACAUCCCCAAGCCCAAGGCAGCCCGCCAGAAGAAAGGACAACCCAGACAACACAACUGAGCUCAGAGGGUCAAGGUUCACGUCAUCCCCAAAGGCUGCUGGGUCACUGGAGGACUCAGGACCCUCCUCAGAGUACUCUCUUGAGUUCGGAGCGAAGACAAAGACAACAUAUAAAUGUCCUGUAUCUUCUGUUUUUUGAUGUGACGUUUGUGACAUGAGAACUCAAACUGUCCCACCAUAGAGACACUACCGUGGGAGAUUUAUUUUCAGACAUUUUUUCAGACAAGAUAGACUUGCCUGAAUGAAAGAAUAGMAAUCACAAACAGAAAAUACAUGACAACGAUCAGAAUCCAGUCUUGCACUCUGGGUUUUUUGUCAAUAGAUAUUUUUUGUUAUUUAAGAGCAGGCUUGAGAGAAGUGUUUUGUUGCGUUAUUUACUCUGUGCAGUUUUUGUUAUGUUUUGUUUGUUUGACGUUAUCUAUUUUAUCUUUCUUGUUUCCUGUCUCUUAAGUAAAAUACUGCUUUGUAUUCCAACCAUUGGUACAUUGGAGGAGAGGAGGGGUGAAGGAGUGAGCCUCAGUGUUGUGCUUUGCCCCCCCGUUCUACAUUCGCCCUGGCGCCGUCAGUGAGCUGUAAGCCUGGACACAAAC